GUUCUCGUUGGUGUAAAGUUUACCUGUUGAUAAUCGAAUCGGUUUUAGCUCGAAGAAAACUAUAGAAUUACUUCGACUCUGACGAGGCGAAUUGCCUCCAUCGAACUCCUCGUUUGACACGACAUUCUAUUCUAAUGAGGUGGUUAACACUUUCAUACAAAACAAGUGUAACCAAACGAUGCACCAGAAUCUCAAGAGUACGAAAAUUAGGAAAGAAGUGCUGUCAUUAUUUAUACAUUUAGCAUAAGUUGCUGGACGAUGGUUUUCAACGUCGCAAAUGUUUUGUAAAGGACUUGAUGGUUAAGAAUUCGCCAGUGUUUUCAUUCACGUCCACUCAGAUAAAUAAAAAUGUAAUAUAAAUUCCUGUGUUUACCCGCGGUAAUUGACACCCCCUGUUUUCUUUGGAAAAGAACAUUUUAAAAAUUUCAUAUGAGAGAAUGGCAAUUCGCAUUACGUUAGAAUGUGGGCACUCAUCGAUGUUACGUAUGCGUACUACCCCUCAGGGUUAUACUCAUGAUUGGGAAUUAUUUGUGCGGGGUGUUGAGAACGUUGACAUACAUCAUUAUGUUGAGAAAGUGGUUUUUCAACUGCACGAAACUUUCACAAAACCAAAGAGGGUACUAAAAGAGCCACCAUUCGAGAUCAAAGAAUCCGGUUAUGCAGGUUUCGAGAUUCCUAUUCAUAUUUACUUAAAAAACAAGGAUGAAGGAACCAAAAAGAUUGAAAUUUUAUACGAUCUUCACCUACAAUCGAGUGGCCCUGCUAUUACAAAUCUGAUACGACACACCGAAAUAAUUAACAACCCUUCAGAUGAAUUUAGAAGAAAAUUAUUGAAGGGUGGUGGUGUUAUCGUAUCCAGUUCUGAAAGUUCAGCAGAGAAGAGUGAAAACAAGACACCAAUUAUGGUCGGUAAACCAAAGUUAAGCGGAAGCGAGACGAGAAAGCACAAAACCGUAGAAUCGAAAACAUCAAAUUCUUUCGCUGAAUUAUUUGGAACUCCCCUGAAACCCACCAAGGUUUCUCAGGACCCCAAAAAGCCUGUGCAACCUGAAAAAUCAUCUGUUCCAAAACCGUUAGUUACCACAGAGAAGUCGGACAAGGUGGAGAAAACAUCUAAACUGAAAGAUAGCCCUCACAAAGAGAGUAAAAAGGAAAAGGUAGACGAGAAAAAGGACAAAAAGGUUAAAGAUCAGUCUAAAGAAAAAAGUCGGAGUAAAGAGAAAUCAAAACGGUCUUCUAGUCCGAGUAAUAAAAGUCAUUCGAGUCCUUCGAACAAGAGACCUCCGUCGCCAGUUUCAUUAAAAAGACCAGCCAGUCCUUCGAGUCUACCUCCCGCGAAGAGACCAGCAUCUCCAAAAUCCAAGGAGAAGGAGGUGAAGAAAGUAGUCCCAGAGAAGGAGAAGGAUAAAGGGAAAGAAAAGGAUAAAACGAAAGACAACCCGAAGAGUGUCGCGGAUUCUUCUAAGAGCGAAAAGAAAAAGGAUAAGAAGAAGCACAAAGAGGACAGGGACAAGGAACGGAAAGACAAGUAUAAAGAAGGAGAACGGUCCGCCGUUAAGGAGGUUCUAAAAUUGAAUGAAAAGAAGAAUGACAAACCGGAAAAACCUGAAAAAUCGGAGAAAGAGAAGAGUCAAGAGUAUAAAUCCGUGAAAGACGGAAGGAAAUCGCCAAAGCUACCGAAGGAGGUGGAGAAACCAAAGGAGGAGAAAUUAUUGAAGGUAGAGAAACCAGAGAAGACUGAGAAAUCCGACAAGGUGAAAGAUGCGAAAAACGAGAAGGACAGGCAGAAGCACAAGCAUAAAAAGAGGGAGAAGAAAGACAAACGGGACAGCAGCAAGGAAAGGGACAAGAAGGAGAAACGCGAUAGGAUAAAGUCGUCGACGGAGAAGCAGAACAACGUGCCUAACAUGCCAGUGGCUAACCCUCUCUCGACUUUGCUGGCUGAAAUGCCUAAAAGGGAUAGCAGCGAUUCGGCGCCAUCCGUCGACGAUGAUUCUUUCUCCGAACCGAAAUUACCACCAAUCGUUAAAAAGGAGGUGGAGAACCUGACGGUUUCCACACCUCCCACCGAGAUGACGAAGCCACUCUCGCCUGACAUGCCAGCGGACAUGAAGAAGGAAAAGGUGGACAGGAACAAGAGGGAAAAACCAAAAGGUAACAAAGCGGAGGAAAAGGAAAUCCGUAAGAGGAAACGGAGGAGCGAGAGCAAGGGCGAUGAUGAACACGUGGUGAAAAGAGAGAAGGACCGAGGUCAUUCCACGUCGCCACCUCUGGAGCCAGUUUCGUCCAGCCAGUCGCCUGUCGCGGUGGAUCAGGAAAUGGUUCACAACGCGAAAGACAAGGAGGACCGUACCGCCACCGAGCAAAUCGUCGAGAAAAGUGUGGAGGCCGAGGCGGAGCAAGUAGCGCCUGAUUCAACGAACAGUACUUUGGUCGAGUCGGACAUGGGAGAGCCGCCAGUGUUUUCAGAGGAUUAUGUGUCCCAAUUGAAAGACUUGCAACAAAAGAUAAUGACCUUGCAGGAUAACCAAGAGCUGCAGAGAGUCGUUCAGGUGAUCGCGGAGACCGGUCAGUACGAGAUCACGAAGAAGACGUUUGACUUUGACCUGUGCGCUCUGGAUCGUAGAACAGUGCAGCGCCUUCAGCAGUUCUUUGCGUCGUGACCGUCUGUAGCUUAAAGUAUAUGCAAUCUUCAUUUUACAUAUUAUUCUAUGUAUAAGUCACUAAGUUAUUUGAGCUUACAAGAGAUUCUUCCACGAGAAUAUAAAGUAAUAUAUAAGACCCCAGAAGAAUGUUGCACAUAAAAAAAAAAAAAACAAAAUACCUCCUCGACGAAGCGAGGAGAUAUCGUUUCUUUAAUCUGGGUGUAACGCUUGAAAUUCAUCGUAUUUUUCGUUUUAAUUUAACCGAUCGCGGACUGGUAUACGUAAAAAAAAAAAAAUUAACGAGAAAACGAAACACGACGUUAUUGUUGCUUUAUUUUAUUUUUUUUUUCAACUCCAGGCUUCGUCUUUGUCGCGAGAUAAGCUUAUUUUCUUACAUUUUUACACGUUUUCAGCACUUGUUACUUUCUACAUUAUUUUUUUUUUGUACAUAGGUGAUAUACAUAUAAUCUGUAUAAAGAACAGAUCGGGAAUUGUACAUUUGCAUCAUCGUGUAACAUAGAGGUUUCUUUUUAUCGUUCCUCUGGGGGAACGUUCUCGAAAUGAUCUGCAGUGCAUUUAUUCACGUUACGUAGACACGAGUGUAUUUUGAGUUGUUUUUUUUUUUUCGCUCGAUUUUGUAUAUUAUAAAUAUUGAAAUCGUUAGGUUUACAUCGUACGGUGUAAUCGGGGUCGUUUGGAAAAGAAAUUCUCUGCAUCGUCAUUGCCUUGUAACAUAGAUAUAUUCUUGAUAUCUCGCGUAGAAUUUAACGUGCGAAGGUUCAUUCUCACGAACCAAGGACACCUUGUAUUUAUUGAUAUUUUCAUACGCGAUCGUAUUAACGUAAGAACGAUCGGGGCGAUCAUUCGAUGAUUUUACAUUCGUCAGUGAAUGUCGACGUGUCUUUGUUUUUUUUUUUUUUGCGUUUGUAUUUAUACCCACGUUACAUUGGAAACGAAGCGGGAUUUGCUCCGAGUCUUUGCUGAAAUAAUUUAUCGCGUCGUGUAGCACGCAUUUGAUGACGGCGUUUCUUAUUUAUCUUUAUGUAAAGUAUUUACUAAGUAUUAGGCUGAGGUGUAAGUUUGACAGGGGUAAAGAAAAUAAACGCGAAAAUUAGCGAAAAUACUUGGGAAUGUGAGCGAAUAUGGCCGUCGUGAAAAAAUUCCUUUUUUUUCUUUCAACGUUUUCAUACGAAUUUGCAUUCGUAAUUUAAAAAAAAGAAGUUUUGAGUUGAAAAUUCAUUCGACCAUUUUAUCAGUAAAACCGUAACGAAAAGUUGUUUGACUGUAGUACGAACAACGGAUAUUAUUAUCUGUAUAAAAAUAUAAAUGCUUUAUUCAAGGAUUGUAUUAAACGAAACAUAAUAAUAAUAAUAAUAUGCAACUUAUAUCAAAUGUAUGAUUUGUAUGACACUGUAUUAAUAUUAGUAUGAUGGGUUUCGAAAGUACAUAUCAGUGAAUUAGUAUACAAUUUAAAUAUAUAAUCUGUAUAGUAUAAUCUUUUACCGCCUGUUAAUGCAUUAUUAAUUAAUUAGACUAGUAAUUCACUGCCACGCGUUAUGUUCAAUACGGGUGUUAGGCAAUAGCGAAACCAUUAUACUUAUCAUAAUUCAACGUUAUAUUAGAAUCAUAGAUUUAGCAUAAGUUGUACGUUAUUAUUAUGUUUCGUUUAUCCUCAAAUAUAAAAUUGUUAUUUUUA